AUGCUGCGUCGCCAAACCCGCGAGCGUCGCGACUAUCUCUACAGAAGAGCUCUCUUGCUCAGAGAUGCCUCAAUCGCCGAAAAACGCGCGCAACUCAAGGCUUCCCUGGCCUCUGGAAAGCCCCUCGACCCUACCAUUGCAAACGACAAAGCGCUUCGAGAGGACUUCAAAUAUGACGAAUCAAAGGACAAGGAGGACUCUGAAAUGGACAUCGACGAUGAAUAUGUCCUGACCUCCGGCAUUAUCGACCCUCGACCUCUGGUCACCACAUCUCGCUCCCCUUCUGCUCGUCUUGGUGCAUUCGCAAAGGAAGUUCGUCUGCUUCUCCCCACUUCAAUUCGCCUCAACCGUGGAACUCUCGUCCUGGGAGAUCUCGUCUCCAGCGCAUCUUCCGCGGCUCUUACCGACAUGAUCCUCCUCCACGAACAUCGUGGAACUCCCACCGCAAUGACCAUCUCUCACCUCCCUCACGGUCCGACUGCUAGCUUCUCCCUCCACAACGUUGUCCUUCGCCAAGAUAUUCCAAAUGCUGCUCGUGGCACUGUCUCCGAGAGCUACCCCCACCUAAUUUUCGAGGGCUUCAAGACCAAGCUCGGUGCUCGAAUCGUUCAGAUUCUGAAGCACCUGUUCCCUCCUCGCGAGACUGGCAAGGUCGGUAAUCGUGUUGUGAGCUUUGUGUGCAAAGAUGACAACAUUGAGGUGCGGCACCACGUUUUCGUCAAGACUGGUUACCGCGAUGUGGAAUUGGCCGAGGUUGGCCCGCGCAUGACCAUGCGGCCCUUCGAGAUUCGGGGAGGUACAUUGGAGAAGGGAUCGAGUGGCGAUGUUGAGUGGGCUCUCACACAAUACACGAGGACGAGCAAAAAGAAGGACUACUUGUGA